GUGUGGGAGGGGGUGAAACAUGGCCCUGUCGGUGGGCAUGGGCUUCACCUCCCAUCCUCUCUCCCAAGUCACUCUCAGUCUCGCCUCUGCGUUGUGGGGGUCUGGGGGAGUGGUAGACUGGACUCCUUCAAACACACAUCCAAGCCCCCCUCCCUCCCUCUCUCUCUCUCUCUCUCUCUCCUGUCACCUCCUCCGUCCACCGUCCUCCCCCUUCCUUGUUCUCUUCUUCCUCCUUGGCCUUGGUCCUUUAGGGUGCAUGCAUAGAUGGAUGGAUGAUGGAUGGAUAGGAUGGAUAUGUUUUCUCCUAGCUAGCUCUCUCACAAGGAGACAUUCCCCACUUUGUGCCAAAUUGUUUUUGUGAUUGCUAUUGUUAGUGUAUUUUUAUCACCCCCUUGUAAUCUAACUUAGCUUGACCAAGCAAUAUAAUCAAUCUAUCCCCAUCUCCUUCCCCCCUUGAGGCCAACACCAUCCCGCUCCCCUAUUUCUUCUCCAAAACCUACAAGUAGAGCACAGCGCCACCAACAUAGACAGCCUCACAAGCAAAAGCUAGGAGGUAAAGAAUCCUUUUCCUAGACCACCGAACCCUCCGAGCUCUAGCUCAGCCCCUCACCUAGCUUGGUAGCCGAAGCCAUGGAGUACAAGAGAUCAUCGCAUGUGGAGGAGGAGCAGGAGGAGGAGGAGGAGGAGGAAGAAGAAGACGAGGAGGAAGAAGAGGAAGAGGAUGAGGAUGAGGCCAGAGGCCACCGCUAUACCACUGCGGCAGCGGCACCCAUAGGCGCGGCACAGCAGCAGCAGGUGCAGGCCCAAGCUCUUGGCCUUGGCUCGCACGCGUCGCUCAUGGACGCCGCCGCCUUCUCGAGGCCGCGCCUGCCACCCAACUGCUCUCUGGUGACGCAGCCACCGCUGCCUCCCCCCGGCUUCAUGCCGACUCAGCGCCAGCCGCAGCUCCAUCCGAGGAGAGCGGAGAGGGAGAGGGAGAGAGCUGCGGGGGCGCCGCAGCCCCAGCCCCGGCGCCACCAAGAAGGCGCGAGGAAUGGCGUUCUCGGCGGUGGCAACGUGCCCCCGCAGGCCUCUACGCUCGCCCUCGCGACUGGCGCCGGAGCCGUGGGGCCGGUGGAGGCGGCGCAGUGGAGGUACCGGGAGUGCCUGCGGAACCACGCGGCGCGGCUGGGCGCGCACGUGCUUGACGGCUGCUGCGAGUUCAUGCCGUCCGCGGGGGACGGCGCCGCCGCGCUGGCCUGCGCCGCCUGCGGCUGCCACCGCAGCUUCCACCGUCGCGAGGCGGUCCCCGGCGUCGCUGCUGCCGCGGUGGCGGUGUCCCCCUCGCCGACAACCCCCACCGCCAGCUCCUCCCGUGUCAUGCCGCUGCUCCUUGCGCCGCCGCACAUGCAGACGCGCCCGCACGUCCCAGUCUCCCCGUCCUCCGCGCCCGCCGCGCUGACCGAGUCCUCGAGCGAGGAGCUGCGCGGCCCCGUGGCCGCGGCCGCGCACCCGGGCCCGCCGACGCCGCUCCCGCCCCACGCGCAGCUGGCCGUCGGGGGCUCCGCCUCCGCUCCCCCGGCGCCUAGCAAGAAGCGGUUCCGGACCAAGUUCACGGCGGACCAGAAGGACCGCAUGCGCGAGUUCGCGCACCGCCUCGGGUGGCGCAUCCACAAACCCGACUCCGACGCCGUCGACGCCUUCUGCGCCCAGGUCGGCGUCUCCCGGCGCGUCCUCAAGGUGUGGAUGCACAACAACAAGCACCUCGCCAAGAUCCCGCCCUCGCCCCCGUCCUCCCAGCCCCCGCAGCAGCAGCCGCCUCACCACCGUGACCACCAGCCGCCUCCACCUCCCCACCACAUCCACCUCCACCACCCGCCGCCGCCGCCGCCGCAGCAGCAGCAGCAGCAGCAUGAUGCAUGAUUGAGCACCGAGAGUAGCCGCAGAACAAUGCGAGAGGAUCAGAGGAUGCCAUUAGCUUAUUAGCUCAUUUCUUUAUCCUUCUUCUUCCCUUGUAAUUUCAGUGACAUCCUGGUUGUUAAGAAGUUAACUCAUCAUGCAGCAGUUAGGAGGCAGUAAUAUGAUUAUGUGACCUA